AACUUAACUCAAAUAGACCGACACAUAUUUAUGAGAUUUUCCAUAAGGAAAUAAUUCAUCGACUAUAAAUUUGUGCCGGUGAAAUUGAACCUGAACUUACGGUUGGAAGGUGAGAGCUCUAUCAUGAAACCUUUACUUGAUUCCUUUCUAGCAGUAUAUAAUUAAAGUCCUACGGAGUAUGAGCUAUGCUGCUACGACCACAUAAUUGAUUGCUACAUUAAUUGUUAAAUGAAAAUACUUUAGUGAUGACAAAUGAAAAUUAUUGCCUUAUCAUGCAAGGGAGUCUUGAUUUUUCUAACCAACAUACUCCUUAGACAUGGCCAGCUAAUUCAUUAAGGAUACCUUCUUUUCUUCUCUCUUUUUACCAACUAAUUAUACUUCCCUUAUUACUUACAAACCUUUGCGUAGGUUUCUCAACUAAAAUCAUACAAUUUUCCUCUUGUUUCUAACAAAAUGAAGAAGGGUGCAUAUGUACUCAUAUUCUUGGUUUGGGCUUUCAUCACCAUUGUCACCCCUACUCUAGUUCAAUGGUCCUUUGUUGCUGCUGACGAGGCCCAGGCUCAGGCUCAGGCUCAAGCUCAAGCUCAGGCUCAGGCUCAGGCUCAAGCUCAAGCUCCGGCUCAGGCUCAGGCUCAAGCUCAAGCUCAGAAUCAGGCUACCGCGCCAUCAAUAGAAGAUAAGCCUAGUGAUGAAGAAGGAACAACAGUAAGACAGUACAGAAGAAUGCUGGUGCUGAUUGACGGAAUCAAUAGACGAAACGUGCCACUGGCUGAGCCAGCAUUAUCACCUGAUUCAGAAGUCCAGCAAACUGCAGCAUCACAAGCACAGCCAUUCGACCAAGAGGCAGAGAGAUGGCCCGUGGAUAUCAUGUCUGAGACCUUACCAUUCAUCUACUAAGGCGACAAUUAUGACAUGUAAACUAUGGACAUCAAGUAGUGUUAAAUUAGAUGCAUGAUAAAAUUGUACAUAAUAUACUAAUUUUAUAUUUCAUCCAUUAUAAUUUAGAUCAUGAGAAAGGUGUUAUUAUACACUGAUCUGCAAAUAAAACAGAUUCAAUACAAA